AUGAGCUCUCAAGAAAUCCAAAAAGUAAUUACUCUUUCAAAUGGAUAAAAAAUGCCUGCCUUUGGCUUAGGUAGUUCUAGAGUUUAAUCAGUAGAAGAAGUGACUAAUUUAAUUCGUAAAGCUCUAGAUGUUGGUUAUAGGCACAUUGAUACAGCUUAAAUGUAUGAAAAUGAGCAGUUUAUAGGAGCUGCUCUAAAAACAAUCUUUGGUGAAGGUAAAUAUAAAAGAGAAGAUAUAUUUUUAGUGACUAAAUAGGCUUCUAUCAAAGGUGUUUCAUGUUUAGAAAUAAUGAAAGAAUAGCUCUAGAAAUUAUAGGUAGAUUAUGUAGAUUUGCUUUUAAUUCAUGUUCCUUUAGCAGCUCCUAGUGAUGACUAUUAAUAGUGGAAUCAUAAGCCUGUUCAUUAAAUCUGGGCUGAAUUUGAAGAGAUUCAUAGUUUGGGCUUAGCUAAAGGAUUAGGUGUGUCUAAUUUCAACUGUUAAAUGAUUAUUGAUUUGUUAGCAUAUUGUAAAAUAAAACCAUUAGUAAACUAGAUAGAACUUCAUGUGUUUAAUUAAUAAAAGAAUUUAGUUGAAUUUUUGAAAAAAGUAAAUAUUUAUCCAGUUGCCUUUAGUCCAAUGGCCAAAUACAAUGAAGUAGUAAAAAACGAAACAUUAAACUAAAUUGCUUAGAAGUAAAAUGCCUCAGUUGCUUAAGUAAUGAUAGCUUUUAUGUAUCAUUAAGAUGUUGUAGUCAUCCCAAGAACUGCCAAAAUUGAGCGUCUCUAACAUAACUUUGAUGCCUAAAAAUUGCAAUUCAGUGAAGAAGAUAUUCAAACCUUGAGAAAUCUAAAUUCUAACACAAGAGUUGUUAAUUACUAUUCUUACCCUGCUCUUUUUAAAGGAAUUCCUUUCUAUGAAUGA